AUGGCUGAGGAAACGGAAGUGUGUUUUGGUAUUCUUGGCUGUGCUCAAAUCUCCAUCAAGUUUUGUAAAGCAAUAAGAAAAGCACCAAACGCAAAAGUCAUAGCCAUUGGAAGCCGUUCACUCGAGAAAGCAACGAGUUUUGCGUCCGAGCAAGGGCUUCCGGAGGCUGUUAGUGUUUAUGGAAGCUAUGAGGCUGUGUUGGAAAACGACGAGGUGGACGCGGUUUAUAUACCUCUCCCAACUGCCUUGCACGUCACAUGGGCGGUGAAGGCUGCUGAAAAGGGGAAACAUGUGUUGUUGGAGAAGCCGGUUGCAAUGAAUGUGGCGGAGCUUGAUCAAAUUCUCGAAGCUUGUGAGGUAAACGGAGUGCAGUUUAUGGAUGGUAGUAUGUGGUUGCAUCAUCCUCGAACUGUAAAAGUGAAGGAGGCUUUGUCUGAUGAGCAGCGUUUUGGUCAACUCAAAUGGAUACACAGUUGCAUGACAUAUAACCCUGGUCCUGAGUUUCUCAAAAACAGCAUCCGCAUGAAACCAGAUUUAGAUGGUCUUGGUGCUCUUGGUGACAUUGGUUGGUACAGCAUCCAAGCAAUCUUAUGGUCAGUUAACUACCAACUUCCAAAAUCAGUUCUUGCAUUCCCAAAAGCAACACUCAACCAAGACAACGUAAUCAUAUCAUGCGGUUCUUCGUUACAUUGGGAAGACGGAAAAUCUGCCACAUUCCAUUGCUCUUUCUUAACCUAUCUAACAUUUGAUGUAACAAUCUUGGGAACAAAAGGCUCUCUUAGACUUCAUGAUUUAACACUUCCGUUUGAAGAGAGUUUUGGAUAUGGAACGUUCUCGGAGUCUUCGGAGAUUGAUUAUGGGAAGAUUGAACAAGGAAUGUGGUGUCCUAAACCUAAUCAACAUGUUGUUGAGACCGAGUUUUCUCAAGAUGUUUGGAUGGUUAAGGAGUUCGCUGAUUUGGUUGGAAAGGUUAAGAGGUUGGAAAUGAAGCCUGAGAAGAAAUGGUGUGUUGUUAGUAGAAAGACUCAGCUUGUGUUGGAUGCUGUGAAGGAGUCUAUUCAAAGAGGUUAUGAAUCUGUUGAAAUUGUGAUGGAAUAG